CAUCAGGUUCUCCAGUGCUCCAAAUGUCGUUCAAGGCCGUCCUUGUUUUGCUGGCCAUCGGCGCCGUCACCGUGGCUGCCGUGCCCACUCCCGUCGAGAUCGAGGGGGAGUCCGCGCUGGUGCAGCGCCUGCUCAGCUCUCCGGCCAUGCGAUCGGAUCUGUUCAACGGCGAUUGCGUAGAAUACUACACCCCGCUCCUCAAGGGCCACGUGGACAAGUACAAUGAUGACUUCAGCGCGUGCAGGGACUCUUACAACGGUGCCUUCGCCCUGAUCGACUCCAGUUUCCGAGGUGCCCGCGACGAGCUAACCGCAUCCGUGACCGGCACUUGCCUUUCCCUGUUGAACUGCGAUGGCCUGACCUCGAACUCCGACGCCUUCGGCUGCCUGGCCUCUGGGGGACCUUCGGCUUCCAAGCAACUGGAGCAAGCUUCCUACAAGGCAUCUGAUAACCAAACCAGCCUGCUCACCCAAGUGUCCGAAAUCAAGGAUACGGAAACCAGAUGCCAAAUAGAAGCCUACCGAACCUACAACACCAACCAUGGUGACUGCUACGACGACAUGCUCGCCUGUCUAGGUGAUCCCAACUGGGAGUUUCCCAGCACGAACUACGUGCUCUAGGACUCGUGUCAAGAUUCCCGAGAUCCCCCCGAGCACCCUGUAUAUUAUCGCUGUAAAUAAAAGACUUUGAGUGAA